AUGUUUGGGGACAAUAAUCAGGAACUUCAGCCCACGGACCUCGGCAAAUUCCAUUGUUCCUUGGACAUUUCCGACCCGGGCAAGGACCGUGUGGAUGAUUGUCGAAAAGCUCAAGUAUCGGAUAUCGUCGUUAAUGCGCGCAUGGACUUCAUUUGUAACUUCCCAUUUGCCCAGUCAGGUUGCCGACAAUCUCCCGGUAAAAUGCCCCAGAUGGCGACAGUCUUGGGGCGUUAA